AUGAAAAAAGUAUUCGAACAGUUUCGAAAAAGUGAAUCACUAUUCCAAAUUAUCAAGGGGCCUCAGCACCUAGAUUCUCCAAAAUUAUUUGUCCUUGAUUCAUCAUUCAAUCCACCACAUCUGGCUCACUUCCAGCUACUAUCUCAAACCGUUAAGAAUUUCAAGUUAAGUGACACCCAAUCUCAUGUUCUCUUGCUUCUAGCAGUAAACAAUGCGGAUAAGUUACCUAAACCAGCGUCCUUCCCACACCGUUUAGAAAUGAUGUGUUUAUUUGCUGAUUACUUACAGGAGAAACUACCUCACUCUGUGGUAUCUGUUGGACUGACUGUCUUUUCGAAAUUCAUUGACAAAGACAAAAUCUUACACGAACAGUUUACCCAAGGUCGCAAUACAAAUAUAGGUUAUCUGGUCGGGUUUGAUACAAUUGCUAGAAUCUUUGAUGAGAAAUAUUACCACCCCUUAAAAAUUAGCGAUGUAAUGGAGAAUUUCAUGUCGAGAUGUCAAUUGUAUUGUUUGGCCAGGGGGGACUGCCAUCUAAGUGCGGAAUCGCAAUUGAAAUAUGCCAAUGAUAUCCUUGAGGGGAAAUUCGAACCAGUCAUCCCAAAGGAAUGGGGGUCUCGAAUUCAUGUUAUGCAAAAUGAUUAUCCGUCUUUAAGAAACGUUUCCUCAUCUGAAAUAAGAAACAAAUUGAAAAGCGGUCAGGUGGAUAACUUAAAGGAUGAACUACCACCCUGCAUAUACGAUUACGUGACGAAAAAUGUGACAAUAUUUGAUUGA